AUGAUGGAUUUUGUCGCUAAUCAUCCGAUGCCGGGUAUUCCGGUUGAUCCGAAGAACAUCAAGAUUCUGCAUACACCGCAAGAAUUCUAUAGCACUCUCUUGGAGAGAAUUCGAACCGCCGAGAAGAGAAUCGUGCUAAGCAGUUUGUAUCUUGGCGACGGCAAACUUGAACGCGAUUUGGUCGAUGAGUUGAACGACAAAAUCGACAACACCAAGAAGCUUGACGUCAGAAUUCUGUUGGAUUAUUUGAGAGGGACACGCGGCGAGUCGAACGAGAGGAGUAGCACGACAAUUCUUCGCAAAAUUGCACACAAGGCCAAGGUUUAUCUCUACCAUACCCCGGAGCUAAAUGGAUUUUUCAAACGAUGCCUUCCGGAGAGAACGAAUGAGAUCAUUGGACUUCAACACAUGAAAUUGUACAUAUUUGACAACUCUAUAAUAAUCAGCGGAGCGAAUUUGUCGGACUCGUAUUUCACAAAUCGCCAAGAUCGCUAUAUAAUAUUCGAGAACUCGCCAGAAAUUACCAACUUCUUUUGCGAUAUUGUUCAAGCAGUUGGUAGCUCGAGCUUUGUUUUGAAUGAGGAUGGCACGAUUGAUAUUCACGAGAAGUGCGAUGUUCAUCCGUAUCUUGGCGACACUGAGACUUACAAAAAAAUGCUCGCAUUGAGAGUGAAUAAUGUUAUAAGCGAGUAUCAGAAGGAAUUCGCCGGCAAGUUCAACGAAGAGGAGACAAUGGUCUACCCAGUUAUUCAAAUGGGCAAUAUUGGCAUCAACCAAGAGUUCGAGCUUGUGAAGAAAGUUCUUGCUCAAAAGGGCACCGAUUGGCAUAUCACAAUGGCAUCGGGAUAUUUCAAUUGUAUUGAAGAUUAUGAGAAGGUCAUGUUUGAGGAGGCCAAUUAUACUCUCGACAUUAUCACAGCUUCUCCAAAAUCGAACGGCUUCUUUGGUGCUCGCGGUCCAUCGAAAUACAUUCCGGCGUUGUAUUCGGAGUUUGCCUCGAAAUUUCUUGAUCGCCGCCGCGAGGCGAUGAAGGACAAUAUUUAUUUGUUCGAGUAUAAUCGAAAGGGCUGGACAUUCCAUGCGAAAGGAUUGUGGAUUUUGAGGCGAGGAUUCGCGGCGACGCUCGUCGGAUCAUCAAACUUUGGAUAUCGUUCGGUUCACCGAGAUCUCGAGGCGCAACUUUUGCUUGUCACGAAGAGCGAGGAGCUGUUCCGAAGAUUGUCGUUUGAAAAGCGACGACUUCAUGAUCAUUCGCUUCUUCUUGAGCCGAGCUUGACUAAACCCGAGCAUCACGUUCCAGCAUUGGUCCGCGUUGUGUCCAAAUUCAUUCGCAAUUUUUUGUAA